AUGAAGCGUAACACCUCGUUUAACAUUCAUGAAACCCUUUCAUAUUUCCAUAACUGUCGAGCCGCUCCCACACACACACACUAUAUAAAAAUCAUCACCUUCGAUAAAAACACCCAUUUCCAUUGUCUUCUUCUUACGGUCUACUAUUGUGGAGGGCCCUCAACUCAGCUUGUUUUAGGGUUUCUUUCGAUUAAAGUCAACUUGUUAAUAAUGGAGAAAGAUAGCAACUAUUCUGCACCACCGUGUUUCAACACACUUGACUACUCCCUUGAUCAACAAUACCAGCAGCUCACAAAAUAUCGUGUCGGCCAAACUUCCGGUGAAAACAAUAACGGAAUGGUGGAUAAUUACAUGCCUCAAACACAAAACUCAGAUUUUGGACCUAAAUUAGCCUUAAACCGCCAAGAGUCCGAGAUCGACGACCCCGUUUAUUUUCUCAAGUUUCCUGUCUUAAACAACAAGAUGGAAGACCAAAACUUGAUGUUGAAUCAAGAUGACGAAUUGGUAGAUAAUUUAAGAGAUCGUGAAGAAACUCGGGUUUCUGAUGAGAACAACUCGGUGCAGCUUGUGCAAGAGACGAAUUGUGCACUCGUGCAAGAGAACAGCAAGAAGAGGAAGAGACCAAGAACGGUUAAGACAAGUGAAGAAGUUGAGAGUCAACGCAUGACUCAUAUCGCUGUUGAAAGGAAUCGAAGGAAGCAAAUGAAUGAGCAUCUUCGCGUCCUCAGAUCCCUCAUGCCUGGUUCAUACGUUCAAAGGGGUGAUCAAGCAUCUAUAAUUGGUGGAGCUAUAGAGUUUGUUAGGGAAUUGGAACAACUUCUUCAGUGUCUAGAAUCACAAAAAAGAAGAAGACUAGUUGGAGAAGCACAGUCAAAACAAGUUGGGGAUUCAACACAACAACAAGCUCCAUUUUUUCAGCAAGCUCCUUUACCAAAUGAGCAGAUGAAGAUAGUUGAGAUGGAAACUGGACUUGAAGAAGAAACUGCAGAGAGUAAGUCAUGUUUGGCUGAUGUAGAAGUGAAAGUUUUAGGAUUUGAUGCAAUGAUUAAAAUCCUAUCAAGAAGAAGGCCUGGACAGUUGAUCAAGACCAUUGCUGCCCUUGAAGAUAUGCAGCUUAUUAUCCUUCAUACCAACAUCACCACUAUUGAACAAACCGUUCUUUAUUCAUUCAAUGUCAAGGUGGCUACUGAUACAAGGUUCACCGCAGAAGAUAUAGCAAGCUCCGUUCAGCAGAUACUAAGUUUUAUUCAUGCAAACACUAGCAUGUGA